CCCUCAUCGGUCAUGAGACUCACAGUGUGUACCCUGGCAACGAUCGUAUCCCACACGAAACAGAACACGAUACCCGUCAAAAUUUUCAAAGAUUUUGUGAAAAUGAAAAAUUGAAACAAUAACAAAGAUGUCCAAGAAGAGAGCUAAGAGUGGAGCAGGCUCAGCAGGUGCCGCCCGAUGGGAAUCUGGUCUUUUAUCAACCAACUUUGAAGAGGAUGAAUGGAAAGCCUGUAUCUCUUUUGUGAUCGGAAACAGACUCGAUGAUAAAGAAUAUGCGACUAUUCUUUCUUCUGCUGUGGACUCCAAGCUGAGGAGACAAUUCAGUGUUAUUUACAAAGAGACAUUGAUGGAUGAGGUCAAUGAGCUUGGGAAUACAAAGAUCAAGAAGGGCAAAGAUGUCCCACAAUUCUUUGAGAUCUGCGAGACGGUGAAGUCAGAAUACCUUGACAAGAAUGAGGAGAUUCCUCUUGGUCUGAUGGCUAAGCUGCUCAAAUGGAAACUUCUCGCCAUCAAGGAGAAAGAUCUCAAGAGGAGGGAGGAUGAGAAAAAGGCUCUGGAGAACAAGGAUGUGAAAGGCACCAAGGGUGGCAAGGAUGCGGGUGGAGGAAAGAGAGCGAGGAGUAAGUCCCCUGCCAAGGGCAAAGGCAAGAAAUCACCGGAGGUACCAUCCCCAAAGAAGGACUCUAAACUGAAGAAGAGAGGAGAGGAAGAUGAUGAUAACAAGUACAUUGAUGAUGAACCAGAUGAUGGCCCACAGCAUUACGUCAUCAUUGAGGGUUUCGACCAGGCCCCCCUCCUCUCUCUGCUCACUGACCUCGGCAUCAACGUCAACUGCAUCAUCCGUCUCCAAGCAGAGGACUACUCCUUGUUUGAGAAGAGGCGCAGGGAGGAGGAGGAGGAGAUGGACGAGGAUGAUAGACCUCCAGAAGUCAUCGAGGAGGAAAAGAAGAAAAGGGAAGCCGCCAAGGGAAAGCUUGAAAAGUUUUGGCUUCAGCACGAACCACUCCUUAAGAAAGCUUCCAAGGGCUCCAAGCUCCAGGACAUUGCCCGCCUCACCUAUAUGGUGAAGAAUCAAAUUGUUCCUGAUGACAUGAAGGAUAAUGAAAAGAGAACCCAGUUUGGUACAGACAUGUUUGAGGAUGUAGCCUGCAUGAUGUACGACCUCCUGGACUCAGAGAGGCAGUACAGGAACUUCCUAGACAACAUGAAACUCAUCCAGGUCCCUGUCGUAGAGAAAGAUCCUCAAGCUACUGACAGUCAAUCCACGGUCCCCGCCGGGGGCACAGCAGUGCAGCAGCCAGCGGGUGGCCAAGCAGCCCCCACCGACCCUGCCGCUGCCCCAGAGCUCAAGCCCAUCAUAGUCUCUGCAGACGUUGAUACUCGCUACUAUAAUGAACUGAUGGAUAGCAUUCCUCAAGAGAGUGUCAGUAUACCUCUUAUCAUGCACUGCAUGCUUGAACAGGUUGUUGCUACAUCUGAAGAGCGUGGUCCACCAAGUGAUAAGGACAAGAUCCCACGCGAAGAUGGUCUAGACCAAGGACUGGCGGCUCACAUCGACAAGAUGGCCGCCAAGCUCCACAUUAUUGACAGCAAUAAAAUUGAACAGUCGAAAGAAUCGCAAAAUGGCGUCACCCCUGCCAAGUCCCUUGCUCCCUCUAUGCCUGAAUUCUUCCAGUUUGGUGACAACAUCUCACUCCGACUCAAGCAUCUUCAGUCCGUCAACGGCUUCAAUGCCAUGGAGGCUGAGCUUGCCAUGUUGGACUACAUCCCAGUUGCUAAGCUGCGAGAGUUCCCACGCCCAUCAUCCAGCAUCAUCAAGCAACGGGCUGCAAGGUUGCAGGAACUACUCCAUCAUCUGAGCUCGGGUGUUGUCGAUUCGGCCGAAGUGGACCGUGCCUUCAAGCAGUUUGUCUUCGAGAGCCUGGUCCUAAGGGGUACGGAAGAGGACGGGCGUGUCUCUCAACAGGUGGUGUCGGAGGGCAUAGUCUGGGACGAUCCUUACCCCCUCUUUGCCAAGAAGGGGAAGGACGAAGGUGAGAUGAUGGAGAAGAAGGAAGAAGAAUUACAGAAAUUGACAACAGAGAAUAUCCAGAAGAAUGAAGAUGCGCUUGGUGAAGUAGAUACUGAUCAUCUAACCAAUAUCACAAGUUCUGGAAUCUUGAAGGCAGAAGGUCGUAAGUCACGCCAGGGCUCAGCUAGUAGUCUCCGUUCAGGGAAAAGCACAGGGCGUCCUUCCAGUGCUGUCCACUUUGAGAAAGACGCAUCUGGACAGCCCAUCAUCCCACCCAAGGACCCCGUCCCAACCUCCGACACCCCUCGGGAUGCCCAGGGCGAGGUCAAGAACGAGAUGGAGGGGUCCAAGGAUGCUGCGGGAAGACCCGGUUCCAGUAAGAGUAACAUCAGCAUCCACGAUGUGAUUGGUGAUACCCAGCUGAGGAACCUCGAUGCCUGGUGUUAUGCCGAACAUUUUGAACCACAUGUUCUUAUUCAGAUCCUUGAGGAGGCGCGAGAGAUGUACCCCUUCAUGGACACCUACUACCACAAGAGGGACCAUACCCUUCUGGUAGUCAUGCACAACCCGGUAGGCCCGGAGCUGAAGAACACCCAGCCCUGGGACGCCAAGCUACACUCUGACGUGGGAUUCAGGAAUUAUAUGGAGCAUGUAGCCGACAACAUCUCCAACUGGGUGAACAUUGAAGAGGCCAAAUACCAAGCAGAGAUGCGAGAAAAGGAACUAGCCAAACAGAGGGAACUAGCCCUGUCUAGAGCCUCUACCCCAGCCCCAUCUAGACCUACCAGCUCAAAGGCUAGUCGGAAGGGAAGCGCCAAGAAGUCCAGGUCAAAGUCACCAAAAGGUCGACGUAGCGCCAGUCCCGCCCAGACUGUGGACCACCUGGAUCCAAACAGCAAGCAGUUCAUGAGACCAGGAUCCAUGAAAGCCUGGAAGGUGGAACAAGAUAAGAUCCGCGAGGAGGAGGAGAGGAAGAGACUGGAGAAGGAGAAGAAGGCCGGCCGGAAGUCGGCGAGGUCUAGGUCCAGGUCUGCUUCACCAGUGAAGAAGGGUGAAGAUGAGAAGAAAGACAAGAAGCCUGGCUCUGCGGGUAAAGAUGGGAGUGGGCGUGGCAGCCGGAAGGGGGAUAAAGACAAGAAAGAAGCGGCACCUGCUGAACCCCAGGAGGAGGCCCCGCCCAAAACCCCCAAGGAACCGGAGAGAAUUUACCCGUUUGUUGGGUAUGACGUGGGUAACAGCAUAAUUCAAGCUAAUGGUAAUACAACCACCUUAUUUCCAAAUGAUGGGGGUCAGAUCCGCACUGAACAUACACAGUUUAUCAAUGGCGCCAAGUCGGUGAAGACGUCCGUUCUAAAGGAUGGCCACGUGUUCGUCGUCCACCUGCUAGAUCCGCGGGACAAGGAAGAGGUGGAAGGGGGCAGGGUAGAGGAGAAAGCGCCCCAUGCUGAGGGAGAGAGCAACAAGGAGAAUGUGACAGAGAAAGCAGACGAGGAGACACAGGAGAAAGAUGAAAAGGCUGACGAUGAAGGAAAGAAAAAGAAGAAAGACCUGCCCCUCUCCAGCUUUGGCUCCUUCACUGCUAACCUGAAUGAUGGGAUGGUUCUCUCGUUCAGCAAUCAUGGCAUCGAGGGAAAGACCAAGAAAGCAGCUGAAAAGAAGGAGAUUGAGGUCAUCAUUCCCCCAGCUCCAUCGCCCACCCCACCCCCAUUGGCCCCCUCACCCAAAGGCAAACGAGGGGGGUCAGGAAAGAAGGGUAAGCAGCAGCAACAGCAGCAGCAACAACAAGCGGAGGCAGAGAGACAAGCCCAACUUCUGGCCGAACAACAACAGAAAGAGGAGGAGGAGAGACGUAAGAGGGAGCUGGAAGCGGAAGCAGCAGCAGCUGAGCCCGAGAUCCCUCCGUUUCAGCAGCUUUUUGUCUCUUGCCCCGACGGUCUCCGUGUGUCAUACAUGCUGGAACCGACUGAAGAAGAUGAAGUCCGAGAUCCCAACGUCCCCGGUCGGCUUCUGAUCAGACAGAGUUACCUGACCAAGAACAGCAGCAGUCAACCGUGCGAGGCCCCAAGAGAGAACCCAGCAAUGCAGGAGAUCUCCAGGCUAGUAACAAGCGAGGGCAGUGUAAUCAAGAUGAUGAGAGACGGCAGCACACAGGUUUUGUUUGCCGAUGGUGCUGUGAGUUAUAGCCCAGCUGUGCCUUCCUCCAUUCCCAACCCAUCGAGCCCCACCCCUCGGGACCAGUCCCCACAGCGAGGGGGAAGCUCCCUCAGCCAGAGGAGUGAGAGCCCGUCAAAGAGAAGUGCUAAGGGUAAGGUUUCCGACCCUCUGGACCAAGACCAACCCCUCCCAGAGACCUCCUCCAGUCAGGAGUGGGUAACGACCACACCCACCGGCCAGAGGAUAGGGACACGCCCAGAUGGGAGCACCUUCGACCCCAAGGAGUGCCUUCUGUACAGUGCUACAGAUCCGGUAUCAGGAGAGGUCCUGACGACCCGUGAGGAUCGAGUCAUCACGGUUGAACGACCGAAUAAGGUGCGCAUUGUUGACCACAAUGAAGGAACACGAAUAACAACGUAUUACAAAAAGGUUAUCUUCAGACAACAAUGUGAUGAAGCUAAUGAAACAGGAGAGACCCCUGUAUCUGGUAUCAGAGAUGUGAAACAUGUCAAGGUGGAGUGUGUGGGAUACGCUACGGUCAUCUUCAACUGCGAAGACAGCGUUGCCACAACCAUCUUUGGGAAUGGUUCCGAGAUCAUCGCCAUUCCCGAUGGCUCCUAUGAGAUUCUGCAUUGCGAGGGUUCCAGAGUGGCGGUUGCCGUUGACGGGACAGCGCGGUAUACGCCCAAGGAGGCUGAGAGCGGGGAGCCAAGCUUGAUAGGAUCGUACACCAUGCAGCACAACAAUGUGGUUGCAGUAGAGACCUGUGAUGCAGACGGAAACCACUUUGGGGUGAAGUGGAAUGGGGAUAUCUACACGUCCCUUGUCCCAAGCGAAGACAGUAAAGUCUCCCUUGUUGGGGAAGGGGAGGAAGAGGAAGCAGUGAAGGCUCCUCCGAAGAUGUCGCCCAUUCCAAGAUUCUUUGUCAUCCACCCUGAUGGAAGCGGUACCGAGAUGCUACGGCAGCAGGACAUUGCACCUUAUGUCCACCAGGCAGGUAUGGACCCCAACGUAGCUGUCCUCAAGGACCCUAUCCCUGAUCACCCUGAGAUCAAUGGCAUCACCAUCAUGCAGCCUCACACCUCAACCAUCAGCCAAAGAUGGCUCAACCAAUUUGAUGAACCCAGCAUCAUCCCCAGGAAUCUCCGCUCCAGGGAGUUCAACACGCUUCCAGCAACAGAGACCAAGACUCCAGGACCAAAGUUCGGUACCAAGGUCGGGAAGGGCGUAGCCGUCAACAAUGUGCCUCAACCGCCACAGCGAGGACCAGUUCCUCAAUGUCCCAAGCAGCUUCAGCUGAGGCAGUUCGUUGCCUACCGCCCCAUGGAGAAGGAGCUGAGGGGCAAAAUGAAGGAGGGACUUGAAGCUUAUGCAAAAGAGAUGAAGAAGAAGAUGAUGGAAGCGAAGCAAAGGGCCAUCAAGGACCCUCGCUCUCAGCAAGAAAGGGUCAAAUCAGGAGAUCUCCUCGCACACAUUCUGGCACAGCUUGAGGAUGACCAAGCCAAGGAGGCUGAUGCCGCUCAGCCCUCCUCCUCAGAUGCGCCCCCAGCCACCCAAGGCCUCACCAGUACAGAACCUGUAAGGCCGCCCAAUGUCCAAGCAGAUGGCAAUGCUGUGGCCCUCUACGAGAUCUCUACCGCACCUCCUCCACUGACCCCACCACCGAAACCACAUCCCAAGUAUACUGAUGCAGACUGGGAGAGAGUCAAGAAAGAGCGUGAAGAAGAGAAAGCCUGCCGGGAGGCUCUCCUCACCCGCACCGUCCCACCUUACUUUGAGAGCGACUGGGGCAAGGCAUUCAAGAGAGCCGAGGAAGCCGUAGCCAAUGGAGAACCUGCCCCGGACAUGGAUGCCCUGACCAAGGACUUGCCACCGGCCAAUCGUCCUGGUGUCAACACGGCCAUGAGCCUUCCGAGUACCCCUACGGAUUCCCCAGCUGCUCCUUCUGCUCAGCCAGGUGCAGCUUGCUCAGCCCAGCCAAGUGAAACCUCCGAUAGCAUAUCUCCCUUGAAGGCUGCCCUCACGGGUUCAAACCAAACCAAUGACGGGAUGCAGUCCUCGACACCAUCAGCUCAGCAAGGUCUAGUUCCAGCUAGUCCAUCCGACACUCGACCCACCAACCCCACCCCAGGGCAUGCCACUGGUCAGGGUACCCCUACAGCUCUUAGACCGACCAACCCCACCCCGGCCCAUGCUUCGCAGCCUCAGGGCACAGGAAGACCUGUUAACCCCACCCCGCAGAGUGCGAGUGAUCUUCAGGGGGGUCAGGGUAACCCCGCCCUUCCCAGUGAGACCCCCUCUAGCUACGCCUCUUUCCCCGCUCACCCAUCUACCAUCCCAGAAAUGGUGGAAGAGGGACCCCUCACCAACCGUUCUGAUAUGACAGCGAGCGUCUCACCGGAGGUAAAGACAGCCGCCCAGGCUCGCGUCAACGAUGUCCCCAUGGAGUCCCGUCCCAACAUCAUCCCAUCGGGUAGCGACAUCGUCCUGACCCGGAGCCUGUUGGUUGAUGUCAACGGGGAGCCGAGGCAGGAGAGCGUCAGGCUGCCGGCAGCCAUCUUGGGACAGAAGCCGGGAGCAUUGCCAAAUAACAGGUUCGAUGAGCUGGAGGACUCAGUCCGCCGGAAGAUAUUCACAUCCUCCAUCGCCGGAGCCCAGGCCAAGGGUACCGCCGACCUGUCACGCAUGAGAGGCUUUGAGCUGGUGCCCGGAGAGGUCAACUUUGGAACGUUACGAGAAGGAUGCACCUACGCCUUCCAGGUCAAUCUGAAGAACGUCGGAGUGGACAGCUGUCGGUACAAGAUCAGGCAGCCGCCCCCGGGGACGGGGCUACAGGUGGUCUACACUCCGGGACCGGUGGCAGCAGGCAUGAAGGCAAAGCUUGAUCUGGUCCUCUAUGCCAUAGCUGUUGGGGUAGAAGGAGAGAGUGGGCGUGGCUCCAUUGAUCAUCACAUCGAGAUCAUCACCGAGACGGAGCUCAUGUACCUUCCAGUGUCAGCAGAUGUUUUAACAGCCGCUGAGUAUGACGGUAGGACCCACGCUGGCAUGCAGCCUAGGACGUCCGCUGGAGUCCGACUGAUUGCUACAAGACCGCCCUCCAGAGAGGGAAUUAUUAGACCAAGGAAAGAUAUACCACAACAAUCCCAAGAGAACCUUGAUGUGUGAUUUGUAGAUAUACCAGUUGUCCUCAUCAUCCUCAUCGUCAUCACAGCCAUCAACAGCAGCACCAUCUUGUACGAAAAAACACUACAAACACCCAGACACAUUGGAAGUAAUGAAAGAUACUGAUAAAUCUAAUACCAAACAAGAAGGGCAUUAAUCAUCUGAUACAACAUGAACUGCAGCUUUUGUAUUCAAUUCAGUAGUGAUGCCAUACCUCACCAACUGCAGGGAUAGCAGUUUUUCAGCUCUAGUCUGCAAUCAGAUCCAUAUAUUUGAUUUCAGAGAAUCAUCUUGAAGUCAUUGAUAAAUGACAUUGCAAAGGUAUUGUUUAAAAAAAUGUCCCAAAAUCUGAUGUGUGUUGUAAUUAAUGCUGUUCAUAUGGCUGAAAAACACCCAAGGAAGAAGAAAUACAUAAU